UGUGAGAGAAAAAAUAGUCCGUAUUUCAACUCUUAGUUACAAUGUUUGAAAUGCACCUUUAUUGGGAAAUGUAACUAUCAUUGUCUCAUUUCUCAUACAAUUUUCGAUUCUUGCUUGACACACAAUGGUUGUGGAGUAAUAUGGGUCAGCUAGUCAGUUUGGAAACAUGAUACUGAAAUUAUCUUGACUGUAAUACUGGUCCUGACACAUCCCAGGGUGGUGCCAUUAUGAGAUAAAUUCUAAUAGUGCUUCAAUACAGAUUACAGCUAUUUUUGUCUGACUUAUUAAAGAAAAACAUGGUGCCAAGAUUAUCACAAGCAAUGGUGGCCAGUGUACCUUUAAGUAUUUUGAUGGAAGAUGAUAGAAAUAGCUUAACAAGGUCUGCAUUUGGUAACUUUAUGACUAAUUUCUUGUCAAUCAUCAUAGGAAACAAACCUGCCCCAGGUGAGACAUGCCUUGUGACGCCCUCACUUUAACACACAUUGUUUUGUAAAUAUUUUCAUGAAUUCAAAUUUUGGUAAACUAUUUUGCUCUGUCUUACUAUUGUGUCAGCCUGAAAAAUGUAUUUAGCAAAGUAGUACUACAGUUUUUAUAACCGUUUAUAUUUUGUGUUAUAUCGAGGGAAAAGAUUUCAUAGCCUCCUGCCUAAGCUGGGGUUGCCAUCUUCUGUCACCCCCUUUUGUCAGUGGACUGGUCCAGUUUGAGAGAGGUGUUCCAUUCACCACCUAAUCUUGCUCAUUUACACUUGGAGGGGACAGGGGGUCAGUUAUUACCAGUGUUGUAAUUCUGCACACAGUGUUGUGGGUCAGAGGUCACGGACCAUGUGCUGUGAGUAAUGAUGUGAACGCUGGAUGUUAUGCUGCAGUGUUCGUUAAUUUCUACUGUCUGCCAAGGAGAAUUGCUCCAUAACUUGUGAUCUUUUCAGGAGAAGACAUCUGGAUAAUGUAGCAUCAAGAAAAACACUGCCACAGAUUUCCAUAGAGAUCAUCCGCCUGUGUUGUCGGGCAGACAGACUCAACUCGAGCAGACGGACUCCGGAAGGUGACUUGACUUCCUUCUCCGACCAGGGAUUGUAGGAUUGUGGUCUGUUGUCGGAAAUUGUCGGACUAAGUCAGUGAAUGUGUUAGUGUGGCCAGAGCUCGGACUGCAAAGUGGACAACUGUCAGUUGCUGAUGUGUCUCCCGGGUCUCAGGAAGUAGAUCCUAACACUAUUGGACUAUUCUGUUUUACUUCAACAGAAGGACCUGGAAAGGCUUGCUUCACACUGGCACUGGUGUGAUAUUUUCUGUGGGAAAUAUAACCAGACACUUGAGGGGAUUUCCUUAACCUAGGAUCAUCAGAGGUCUUGCUCCAGAUUGUGAUGGUCUGAAGUAAACAGGAGCGACCUGUAGUUGCGAUCUUCGUUAUCAUCGUUAGCCUGACCUGUUGGUGUCGCAAGCCGCUGCUUGAUUGGUCGCCCGGCUGCCCCGCUGCUAGCUCUUGAAUGUACUACUAACACAGAGGCUUAGGGAAUAACCUAAGAGACAUAGCCCAGUUGCAGCAGCAGCAGCAGCAGCAGCGUGAAUAUUGUGUGUGAAACUGUGGUACAUUGUUGUUGAUCAUCAAGUUGAUUGUCAUUGCUUCAUAUCUGGUGACAGUGAGACGUUUGGAGCCCAGUUUAUGCAUAGAGAUGACUGUUUGUUUUCAGUGGAAAAAAUAUGCUUGAGAUUCCAGAAGGUGAAAAGUAAAUCACACUAAGAGCUUGCAGAGAUACUGUAUGGGUUUGUCUGUUGCCAAGACCGAUGAAUGAUUUCAUUGUCAGUCGUAACAUAUCUCAAUUGACCAAGUUUGAAUUUGUGUGCAACCAAACCGGCAAUAUGGCAUUCAUGUCGGACAACAGUGAUAGUGGGAGCGAGGACAUGAGAUAUAAUGGUACCUCGAAACACAUGAACGGCAAGGAGGAAAACAGUAUAUGUAGAGACUUUCUACGGAAUGUGUGCAAAAGAGGCAAGCGGUGUCGUUAUCGUCAUCCGACAAUCAAUGAAGCAAAAGAUCUCGGCAAGAAACAGGAGUUCACAUUUUGCCAUGAUUUCCAGAACACAGGUUGCCGUAGGGCAUCAUGUAAGUUCUUGCAUUGUACAAGGGAAGAAGAGGAGUAUUACCUACAAACAGCACAACUACCUGUUCGUCUCCAGCAGCAGGCAGCAUUAGGGGUGGGAUCAGUUGCACAUUCCCUUCCCAUUCUCAAAGGAGAGGUGCCCAUUUGUAAGGAUUACUUAAAACGUGAAUGUAAACGUGGAGCAAAGUGUAAAUAUCGCCAUCUUUCCGGUCAGGAAUAUGACUUUGAAAUGCGCAAAACGGACAUUAGGACUCCCCGAGUUCUGCCUUUUAAUAACUAUGAAAAUGAUAGUUAUGACAGGUUUGAGUAUGGACAUGGCCCACUGAAAAGAAGACGGCUUGAUUCUGAAGGAUAUGGUAACUAUAUCGAUGGACGCUACCCUCCACCCAUGCGCUCAUUAAGCGUCCAAAUGCUUGAAGACGAAAAUAACAUGUUGCGGCGCAAAGUUGAAGAACUUAAGAAACAAGUCGCUGAUUUGACUGCAACAAAUGAGGUCCUUCUCGAGCAAAAUGCGCGCUACCGCGUCAGCAAAUCCACAGCGAUAAUGACACCGGCAGUGACUGUUGCUGGCACAGGGGCUACGUUGAACCACCUGAGCACAAGCUUGUCCCAACAGAUAGCGCUUAACAGUGAAAUGGCCACCCAGCACGCGUUGCAAACAGCUCAGCGAUUUGCGCGGGAGAUGGUGCACGCUCCAAACCAAUCGGCGCUCGCAGCCCAAUCCAUAAACCCAUCAGUGACACUGAACCCAUCCACCAUGGUGUCGCUAACACCAGCGUCACUGCAGCAAAACCCUCUACAAGGUGCUGGUACCAUUACACAGAGUAUUCCACAAAACUUGGCUGGUCAGAGUGCUUCUCUAGUGUCCUACCCCAUCGUGUCGCAGAGCAUUAGGGUGGCGGGGGUGCCCAGCAGCAUGGCGCAUUGAAACUGUGUGUGUACAUAUGCGUUAGUGAGUUACGACAGUGUGCAAGCAUCGUCACACUUAUGGUGAUUUGACCACAUUCACAGGACGAAGAGGGACCUAAACACCCGACGUCAAUUAAAGCAUCUGGAAACGGGCGUUUGCGUUUCCUGAAACAUCAGACACAACCCGGUAUUGAAGAAGAAGACCCACAUCAUGCAUAAGCUUCCAGCAGAGGUUGAAACAAAGGUCAGCUCAUUUCACCAGUUUGUGCUGCCUGAAUGAAAGAAGCAAGACUGGGAACAUGAAACCCUCUCAACUUUUCACAUACCAGGGACUAGGACAGUCGACACCAAGGGGACUUCCACAACGUGGGUUGGCACAUGUGGAGUGGAGAAACGACAUUUCACUGUAGUGCUGACAUGUAUGGCAGAUGGAACUAGCCGGACACCUAUAUAAUUAUCUUCAAAUGGAAGACCAUGUGACAGGAGACGUUCGUCAGUGAAGUAAAGAAAGAAUGGAUGGAUGAGUCACUUGUGCACAAGUGGAUUGCCAUGUGAUGGAUGAAGAGACCUGGAGGUGCAAGAGGUUGUAGGUCCAUGCUAGAGUUUGACAUGUUACAGGCACAUUUGUGCGAAGCUGUAAAGAAGUUGGCAGACAGCAAAAUACAGCAGGCAGUGAUCCUGGUGGCUGCACAUCCCUGCUGCAGCCAUUAGACGUCUGUCUAAAAGAACCGUUCAAGGCCACCGGAGUGAAUGGAACAAUACACAAAAGACAAAAACCAAAGAAAGUCUCCCUACCGUAUGUUGCCAGAUGGGUGAAGGCAGCAUGGGAAGGCAUGCUAGAGGACGUGGUGCAGCGUAGCUGGAAGUGCGGCAUUGCAUCUCAAGGUGAAGGUUCCGAGGAUGCAUGUGCUGUCGCUGACAUUCCAGAUGCUACGAAGAUGAACUCAACAUCUAUGUUGAUGACAGCACGGAUUAGGCAGCAUGGGGAAUUCUGUUUGCCAAAGUUGGUGAGUGAGUGAGUUGGAUUUAACGCCGCUUUUAACAUUAUUCCAGUUAUGUCACGGCGGAAAGCCCCAAGUGACGCAGGUCUCAGACGUUUACCACUUCGGUGAAACCCACGAGCACGGG